AUGGUCGCUAUUCCAGGGGGAGUGUUCACGAUGGGCACUGAUGAGCCUGAAAUACAGCAGGAUGGAGAAUGGCCUGCUAGAAGAGUCCACGUUAACAGUUUCUACAUGGAUCAGUUUGAGGUCAGCAAUGAGGAGUUUGAGAGAUUUGUGAAUUCUACUGGGUACGUUACUGAGGCAGAGAAAUUUGGUGAUUCCUUUGUGUUUGAGGGAAUGCUGAGUGAAGAAGUGAAGGCUGACAUCCACCAGGCAGUUGCAGCUGCUCCUUGGUGGCUGCCUGUGAAGGGAGCCAACUGGAAGCACCCUGAGGGUCCUGACUCUAGUAUCUCCAAAAGAAUGGAUCAUCCAGUUCUUCAUGUUUCCUGGAAUGAUGCUGUGGCAUUCUGCACAUGGGCAGGGAAACGAUUACCAACUGAGGCUGAGUGGGAAUACAGCUGUCGAGGCGGCCUUGAAAAUCGACUUUUCCCAUGGGGCAACAAGCUUCAGCCAAAAGGUCAGCAUUAUGCCAAUAUCUGGCAGGGAGUGUUCCCAACUAAUAACACUGCAGAAGAUGGAUACAAAGGAACUGCGCCUGUCACUGCGUUUCCUCCCAAUGGAUAUGGCUUGUACAACAUUGUAGGAAAUGCCUGGGAAUGGACAUCUGACUGGUGGGCUGUUCAUCAUUCAACUGAUGAAGUUCACAACCCUAAAGGGCCCUCGUCGGGGACUGACAGAGUGAAGAAGGGCGGAUCCUAUAUGUGCCAUAAGUCUUACUGCUACAGGUAUCGCUGUGCAGCCCGCAGUCAAAACACCCCCGACAGCUCCGCUUCCAAUCUGGGGUUCCGCUGCGCAGCAGACACCUUGCCAAAGCUACAGUGA